AUGGCCUUGGACGAUCCCGCGGAGCAAUUCCUCCGCCCGCCAGGUGAUGAUGAGGAGUUUGCGCCGGUGUAUCGGCAGCCCUCAGCAUACUCACCGCUUUCUACCUUCGUCUUGCCAAGGGGGGAAAUGAGGCACUAUCAGCAGCAGUAUGCUGAUAUUUAUUUUUUGCGGUUGGCAAGAUUGAAGCCUACCGUUGCUGAAAUCGCAGUCGCGGCGUGGGAAGGGUUUAAUAUUGCGGGAGAGUAUGCAAAGCGAGUAGACAGAGUACUUGACGUACGGCAAGGCGAAUUGUGUUGGGUCGCUGGCACGAUCUACAUGGAUCUUCCACUGAAACCUAACAUUUUAGACGACAUCUCAAAAGAACAUUGGACUGCCGCUCCGCCCGUUCGAAGAACAUAUGUUGACCCUUCAAAUCAAGCAUUGACAAAGACAAUGCUAGAAGAUGAGUCUGGCCGUUUGCAGCUGACCGGAACUUUACUUCAAUCGUCUCUUCUCGUCACAGGGGCAAUAGUUGCGGUCCUCGGCACGGAGAACGCCAAUGGCGAUUUUGAGGUGAUCGAUAUUAAGGUACCUGAUCUACCACCUCAACCCGAGCGCUGGGAGAGGUCAUCUGCUCCUCAAGAGUCUGCGAAGCGGAAGCACAGCUCCCUCGAAGCAAGCAGUGACAGCAUUGAAAGAAGAAGAAAAAAGAUAGCCCUAGUCAGCGGUCUUAACAUCACCGGCACGUCUGGAGAUACAGUCGCCCUAUCCCUCUUAACGGAGUACCUUCUCGGAUAUAACGAGUUUCCCACUCAAACACACAACAACAAUACCCCCCCAUCUUCAUCCCAGAUCACCCGCCUCAUAAUUGCCGGAAAUUCCCUCGGAAGCAGCAUGAUCAUCUCUCAACCUGAAGCCGAGAAUGCUGAUCCCGCGCUGGCGAAAAAGCGCCACGCUCCUAAAAAGUAUGGCUACGAUGCCACAGCUUACAACGCUUCGCCCAUCAAUCAUUUCGAUACAUUCCUUGCCGAGAUCCUCCCUAGUAUUCCCAUAACCCUCAUGCCCGGCGAAACCGAUCCUGCGAAUUUCUCAUUGCCCCAGCAGGAAAUCCACAGGGCCAUGUUUCCGCGUUCAAAAGCCUAUUGCUCUGCAGCGCUCCCGGGAGCGGCUGAGCCCGCCGCUGAACCGGGUUGGCUAGAUAACGUGACGAAUCCCUGGGAAGGCGAUGUGGAAGGCUGGCGGUUUUGGGGCUGCAGUGGUCAGAAUGUUGACGAUGUGCUUCGCUACAUAGAUUUGGAAGUGGAAGGGGAUACCCUUCAGGGCAGUGAAAGUGACAAGGACGGUGAAGCGCGAUUACGACUAAUGGAAGCAAUGCUAAGAUGGCGGUGUGCUGUGCCCACUGCUCCGGAUACGUUAUGGUGCUACCCUUAUCAAACUCACGACCCAUUCACUCUCCAAUCCUGUCCGCACGUUUUCUUUGCGGGGAACCAACCAAGUUUCCGAACGGGAAUUGUCGAAGCUUCCACUAUCUUAUCUUCGGAAGAUAAUGGCGAGGAGCAAGGCACCCGCGUGCGCGUAAUAGCGCUUCCGAAGUUCAGCCAGACGGGCGAGAUCGUGCUCGUUGAUGCGGAAACGUUGGAAGUGGAAGUUGUGAAGUUUGGUACCUUUGAGAAGGAGAACCUUGAGGUGAAUGGCGAUAGCGAGAUGAAAAUGGAGUAG